AUGCAUCCAGAUGUUCCUGAACCCUUCAGUAUGAAGGGGUUUGGGUGGUGGAAAAGUAGUCAGGCGCGUGCUUGGCACUUUGUUCGGAGACGCCUAUUUCCAUUUGUCCUGGCAUUGCUCUUCCCUGAAUGGGUUCUCAUUUUCAGCAUUUCUCAAUUUAUUUCUGCAUCCUUCUUAAAACUGGAGGCAAAGCACCUGUCGCUCAAUCAGACCUUUUUUAUUGUCAUGGGUGGUUUCCAUGGCCGUGAAGCCAAACCCGCGAGAACUCCUGGGAUCGAAAUGUUUAAUCCACUUGGGCCCACUGAGUCUCAACCUAUUACAGUGGGGAACAAUUCUGUUCCAACUGAAGAGGAUGAAGUUUCUUAUCAUCCGUUGGACAAAUUUGACGUAUUACAACUUCUAAAGGCGAAACAGCUACAGAUUCCUCGGUCUCGUGAGAUUGAAGACAAGAGCAAGCACGAUCAGAUCGCGAAGUUGUUGGUCCUUGUUCAAACCAUUUGGUUUGUCACUCAAUGUGUUGGACGCAAAAUUCAGCACCUACCAUUGACCAAACUUGAGAUUGUCACUCUGGCGUAUAUUAUUAUCAAUAUAGCGACUUAUGCCUUUUGGUGGAAGAAACCCUACUGCGUGGAGGAGGCGGUGCGUAUUGUCUACAAAGAGCCUAUGGAACAAGAGAAACGACCACUACGCAAGAGAACUUCAAAGCCAUCAACGGAAAUCAUCAAAGUAGUUAUGUACACAAUCAGUGGGGAGGGUAGCCUCAAAGCUUUCGGCAAAGCUUUCCGCGAUCGAAAAGCUCGACGUAUUAUUGUAGCUUUGAUCAGCUUUGUGGCCAGCAUAGUGGUUCUGACUGUCAGCGGCGCUCUUUUCGGUGCUGUUCACUUCCUUGCAUGGAGUCGUCCUUCCCAACUGCUGUGGAACAAUUGCUUUGGCGCAUAUUCUCAAUAG